AUGGCUGAUCCUAACUUUCAGCUUGGUGUUUGCUUCAAUGAUGCACAGAGUUUUAGAGAUGCCAUAAGACAACACUCCAUAGUUAAUGGUAGGGACAUAAAGAUGAGGCUUAAUGAGAAGUAUAAGAUUCAAGCCAUAUGCAAGCAUCCAAGUUGUCCCUGGCUAGUCUAUGCUUCUCAAAUGAGAGGUGAAUCCACCUUUCAAAUCAAGACAAUCAAUGCAGUCCAUGAAUGUAACAGAAAGAAGAGGGUGGCUUGUGCAACUUCUAGACACCAACUGUACAGAGCAAAGCAAAAGGCAAUAGAGAAGAGUACAAGGUCUAAUAUUGAGCAGUAUGGGCUCAUAUGGAGGCCAAUCAUCUUCUUAGAUGGUCGUCACUUGAAGUCCAUAUAUGGUGGGAUUCUUCUAUGUGUAGUGGGGAUAGAUGGAAAUAAUGGCAUGUAUCCCUUUGCAUAUGCUGUUGUAGAAAAGGAAAAGAGAGAAAGUUGGUUGUGGUUUAUGAAUUUGCUGAAAGAAGACUUGAAGAUUGAGGAGAGUCAGCACUGGACCAUCAUGAGUGACAAGCAAAAUGGGUUAUUAGAUGCAGUGGAGGAAGUUCUGCCUAACAGUGAGCACAUAUUUUGUGUCAUGCACUUGUACUGUAACUUCAAGGUAUCACAUAAAGGAUUGACACUAAAAAACAUUUUGUGGCAAGCUGCUAGAGCUUCAAGAGUGGUAGAUUGUGAAAGAGUGAUGAGAGAUUUGGCCUCCAAAGAUAAAGAUACUUUCAAAUGGCUUGCAAAAAGGCCUGCUGCACAUUGGAGUAGAGCUUUUUUCAAUACCAAUUCAAAAUGUGAUACACUUUUGAACAAUAUGUGUGAAAGCUUUAAUGCAAUGAUUCUAAGGCCUAGAAGUCUACCAAUAAUUGAUAUGUUGGAGGCAAUCAGAAAGACCUUGAUGAAGAGGCUGCAUGUGAAGAGGGAUAAGAUGUCAAGCCACAAGGGUGACAUAUGUCCUAACAUUCAGAGACAGAUAGAGGAGCUGAAGAAAAAAUCAAUGGAGUUCAUAGCUAAUUGGAAUGGUAAGGAUCAGUUUGAAGUUGAGAAUUGCUAUGGUGAUAGAUUUAAGGUGCAUUUGGGAGAUAAGACUUGCAGUUGUAGAAAUUGGCAAAUCUCUGGAAUUCCUUGUGCACAUUCCAUUUCAGGCAUGUACUAUCUGGGGAGAAUGCCUGAAGAUUAUGUUGAAGACUUUUAUAAGAAGAACAUCUAUAUGAGAGUGUACAACCACUUACUUGACACACUUGAAGGAAUUGAAUCUUGGCCUGAAUCUGGAAAGCCACCCUUGCUUCCUCCAGACAUUGUGAAGAUGCCAGGGGAGAUCAAUGGUCCAAAGGACAUCCCACCACCACUUGCCUUAACAGUAACAAGGAUUGGGAGUUUGGGUAGACAAGGUGUCAUAAUGACAUGUAGUUCAUGUCAAAAGAAAAACCACAAUGCAAGAAGUUGGCCCUUGAAGAAGGCAAGUGGUGCAGUUAAUGACAAAGGCCAGAGAAAGAAGUCAAACACACAAGCUAAUGUUACUCAACAACAAAGCCAAACUGUGACAGAACAACAAAGUCACACUACAUUUGAACCUCAUAUGGAAGUUCAAACAAGUAUUGCUAUUAACAGAAAUAGGAAGCUUGUUUUUUACAUUAACCAGACUCAAGAAAGUGUAGCCGAGCCUUCAACAAAGAAGAAAUACCAGUGUCAAGAAAAUGGAAGAAAUCUAUGA